AUGCUCGCACCUUUUCUUAUUGCUCUUCUUGUGUCUGCUCUCCACGUCAGUUUCGCUCAUCACCCACCAUCUCUCCUCGACGCUCGGACGCUCUCAAAUACCGCCCAAACCUCCGGCUUCAGUACCUUCGAUCUCCUCUCAAUCCCAGGCCCACAGUCCCGCACUUUUACCGCGCUUCCCACCAUUCCUUCCUUAUGCGCGUCCUAUACCAGUUCCUCUUCCGAAUGCACAGCGACCAUGCAAGCUUUCAACAUCACGCUUGGCGAUUGCGGCUCGAGCUGGACGAUGUGCAGAUGUACCGACGCAGAUAUUAGCUUGGAGGAGGCGGUGGAUCAUCUUGCACGGGUACCGGUGGGACUGAGACGGAAUGUUGGGACAGUGUUCAUCAUGAAGGAUAGUUCUGCCCAUGCGUAUACUGAGGCGGGUGACAUCCACUUCUUUGGAGUGUGUUCACAGAGGACCUGGGUUCAUGAGUCAACGCACGCAUCAGAUCACGGGCAUUCGUCGUCAGAGGAGUGGAUCAACGCCGUGGAUGGUGAUUCGUGCGUGCCGGAUAGCUAUGCUCAGAGCAACUACGUUGAGGACUUCGCACAAGUCAGCGUGCUCCAAGUCUACCAGCAGUAUUUCGGAGAGCUCCCCACUCCAUAUACCGCCGAUUGCAUGCAAAACCAGCUUGCUUACAUGAAGAACCUCUCGCUCUACGCGAACGAUACACUCUUCGGCGAGACGUGUGCCUUCCAAGAUGAUUGGUCCAGUCCCGUUCAUACCGUGGCCCCACAGACGACGGCCGCUGACGCAGUGAUAUCAGGCUCGUAUACAACCGUAACUACCGAGCUGACUAUCACAGCGUCGUCCGGGGCAUUCGGUGAAGUCAACGCAGCGACAGUAACGGCUUCGAGCAGUCCUCAGUCGACCUCGGCAUCUAGCACCGUGUCUUUGGAUGCCGCGACGUCCACACAGUCCACUAGCGCAGCGCUCCGUCAAACAUCUACGACCACCGCAACAAGAUCCGUAUUGCUAUUUGGUACCCUACUUCACGGGCUUACGCUCUUUUCACUCUCGUUGUAA